CGCGUGUACUGGAAACUCCUCUGUACAAGGGCAUACAUAUACAGUCUGCCUCCGAUUCCAAUCGAACCCUAAUUCCCUCUCUCCGUUCUCCUAAUUCCCUGUCUCCGUUCUGUCUGUCCUGGAGGGGAAGAGUUCUUAUUGCAGGAGAGAGCCAACAGAUUGCUCCCGGUAUUCUUCAAUUAGAAUCGCAUUGCCUCUGCCGCCCCGCCCCCGAGUGAUCAAAGUAGGGUAGAUUUCUUUUGAGGAAAAGGAUUUAGGGUUAUAUAUAUAGCGCCGUGGUGGGGUUGCCAGUGGAGGUGGUGGUGAAGGGGGAAGGAACUCAAAUUUGACAAUGCUGGAAAACUCUAGCUCCGAUUCACUUGCCUCCGCUGCCGGCGCUGCUGCCGUCAAGCGUUACGCUCCUCCUAACCAACGGCAUCGAUCGCUGGGGAGACGUAAAUCUGGAGGAGAACGACUGGAACGUGCUAGUAGCUAUGCAAAUGAUGUGGAGAGGAAUUCUAUUGGGCCCCCCAAGAGUGGUCCAAUAGCGGAUCAUGGGGACUCUGCUUAUAACAACCGCACUGGUGAAAGUCUUCGCGUAAAGUUAAUUCCUUUACAAGGGUGUCACAGUAGUGAAGCUUCUCAACUACUGAACAACCGUUGGGAAGCUGCUGUGAAUGCACUCAACAAUUUGCCAGAAGAUUCAGCUGAGAGACCAGUCCUUUAUACAGCAAAAGGUACACCGGCUUGGGGUCAAGCAUAUCUUCCGCACUUGGUGAUGCAGCCUGCAGGGGUGUCUACCGGCUUGCAGAGAGAUUUCCUGAGUGAACUCCAGCAGGCAAUGCAGAAUGCAAAUUCUGGUCCGAAUGCCUAAACCAAUCACCUCAAGCAACAUACUUUUGUUCAGUGAAUCUGGGAUCACCUUGAUCCAUAAGAUUUGAACUUCAUGUUUUUGCUCAUUAUCUUUCUUGUUCCAUUGCUAUUUAUUGAAGCCGAAGUAUCCCUAGCAUACUGCUGCUAGUUGUGUGCUUUUGUGCAUCCUUAUUACCAUGCUGUGUUAUUACAUGCAUAAAAACAUUGUCUUGGCUGUGUUACA